UGCGGCGGGGAGCCAAUCCCGCGCUCCGGCUUCCGAGGGGGAGCCGAGCGGUGCUGCUGGGAAGUGGCUUUCGGGAGAAAGGAGGCCUCUUCACGCUCCUCGGGGCCAGCUCCUCGGAAUCCCUGCAGGGGACCCUGGAGUCUCCGGCCAAGGCCGGCCAAUUUGUUUGAAGCUUGGAGCGCCUGGUGUUGUGAUUUCUGAUCUAAAUUGUGAAAAAAAUUUGAAGUGUUGAAAAUAGCAGCUGUGUCCUCUUCAAAGGAUCUACCCGUUUUCUGCCUUUGCAGAUCACAAUGAAGAACCAAGACAAAAAGAAUGGGCCUGCCAAACACUCCAACCCGAAGAGCAGCCCGGGGCAACGGGAAACGGGACCAGAGGCAGCCCAGGGACGGCCCAGACAGACAGCUCCUGCGGCCGAGGCUCCUGGGAGGACAGAGGGGGCUCAAGCCAAAGCAGCUAAGUCUGGGCCUGUAUGUGAUGUAUCUGAGGAAUUGAGCCGGCAGCUGGAAGAUAUUCUGAGUACAUACUGUGUCGACAACAAUCAGGGAGGCCCAGGCGAGGAGGGAGCACAGGGUGAGCCCACUGAGCCAGAAGAUGCAGAGAAGUCUCGAACCUAUGCAGCAAGGAAUGGGGAGCCUGAACCAGGGAUUCCAGUAGUGAACGGCGAGAAGGAGACUUCCAAGGGGGAGCCAGGCUCAGAAGAGAUCAGAGCAAGUGAUGAGGUUGGAGACCGAGACCAUCGAAGGACACAAGAAAAGAAGAAAGCCAAGGGUUUGGGGAAGGAGAUCACGUUGCUGAUGCAGACACUGAACACGCUGAGUACCCCAGAGGAGAAGCUGGCUGCACUGUGCAAGAAGUAUGCUGAACUGCUGGAAGAGCACCGAAACUCACAGAAGCAGAUGAAGCUCCUGCAGAAGAAGCAGAGCCAGCUCGUACAGGAGAAGGACCAUCUCCGUGGCGAGCAUAGCAAGGCUGUCCUGGCCCGAAGCAAGCUUGAGAGCCUCUGCCGGGAGCUGCAGCGACAUAACCGAUCCCUCAAGGAAGAAGGUGUGCAGCGAGCCCGUGAGGAGGAGGAGAAACGAAAAGAGGUGACUUCACACUUCCAGGUGACACUGAAUGACAUUCAGCUGCAGAUGGAACAGCAUAAUGAGCGGAACUCCAAGCUGCGCCAAGAGAAUAUGGAACUGGCGGAGAGGCUCAAGAAGUUGAUUGAGCAAUAUGAGCUUCGUGAAGAGCAUAUCGACAAAGUCUUCAAACAUAAGGACCUGCAGCAGCAGCUAGUGGAUGCCAAACUCCAGCAGGCCCAGGAGAUGCUGAAGGAGGCAGAGGAGCGGCACCAGCGGGAGAAGGAGUUUCUCCUGAAAGAAGCUGUGGAGUCCCAGAGGAUGUGCGAGCUGAUGAAGCAACAGGAGACUCACUUGAAGCAGCAGCUCGCCCUAUACACAGAGAAGUUUGAGGAGUUCCAGAAUACACUUUCCAAAAGCAGUGAAGUGUUUACCACGUUCAAGCAGGAAAUGGAAAAGAUGACAAAGAAGAUAAAAAAGCUGGAGAAGGAAACCACCAUGUAUCGAUCCCGGUGGGAGAGCAGCAAUAAGGCCCUGCUCGAGAUGGCUGAAGAGAAAACUCUCCGGGACAAAGAGCUGGAAGGUCUGCAAGUGAAAAUCCAACGGCUGGAGAGGCUAUGCCGAGCACUGCAGACAGAGCGCAAUGACCUGAACAAGAGGGUACAGGACCUGACUGCUGGUGCCCAGGGCUCCCUCACUGACAUUGGUACUGAGCGGAGGCCAGAGGCAGCCACUGCCUCCAAGGAACAAGGGGUUGAGAGUCCUGGAGCUCAACCAUCCAGCUCCCCAAGGGCCACAGAAGUUCCUGGCUGCCCUGGAGCACCAAGCACAGAAAUAGCAGGCCAAACAGGGCCCCGACAGCCCACCUCGGCCACUGCCUAGAGAUCAUGGUGCUUGGGCAUGCUGGGAAGGGAGCAGCAGCCCGGUCAGGCCUGGUCCAUACAAGGCUCCCACACUGAGCAGCCCAGUGCUAAGGCCAGGGUGUUCUGACCUGGAGGGCAUUGGACACUUUGCAUUUUUAAAUUGUGGGUUAGUCUUAUUUACAUGGAUGGGGCAUUGUGCAGUUAAAUAGUUAACACCUGUAGGUGUACAGUGGGCUUUCAGCAAAGGGUGGGGGUGCAGGUGAAGUUGGUGACUAAACCGAAGUCCUAGGAGACUUCAUCCUGUAGCUGCCAUCCAGUGAGCCACCAGGUCAGAUGACUUGAACAUUUUCCUGCCUGAUUUUGAGGCUCAGAUCCGUCAGCCCUUUUCAGAGCUCGUGAAGAGUGGAAACACCCAGGCCUGGACUCUUCUCCUUUGUAAGCAGAGCUUGGGCAGUUUGGGCUCUUGUUGCUCCCCUGGAAAUUCCAUUGCUUCUCUUGACCUGGGAAUGGUGUUCCUGGGCAGAGUUUUUGUAAGAAACAGCUGGCCAUUAAGCUUCCUCCUGCCCAAGACAAGGAAACUGGGGGUUUUGUCUGUGUGUGAAGGAGCCUCUUCAGCCACCAGUUCCCCUGCCCUCUGGUAGUGCCAGGUCCAGGCCGAUGUUGCUUCCCCGUUCUCAGUAGCCUUAUCAUUCACAGGUGCCUCUAGCCUGCACAAAUGAUUGACAGAAGGUCACCCAAAGGAUUCUUUUUGGAGGUGUUUUUGUUGUUGUGUUGUUUUGCAUAAAAGUUCCGUAUUAAAGAUCUUCAAAGGAAGGAAGAGGGAUACACUAGCAAUGGUCCUGGUGCCUGGCCUCCAGUGUGCCCCAUUCGGGACAACCCCGUAAGGUUCCUUUGACAUGUUGGUGCCAAGGUGUCCUGUUUGGGAAGAUAGGAUUAAGAGAAAGGAUAAUGGCCUUGCCACAAACUUGCCUAUCGGUUUCAGUCUGGGAGGCUACUACUAAUUCUCAUCACCACCUCUAUGUAGCCAAUGCUGAACCCCAGAUCCAGAUGCCCCUUGGCUUAUGGGCUUUUACUUUAUUUCCCCUCUUACCCCCUGACCUCCAGCUCAGAUAAGUCAUUUUUGAGGACUGUUCUGGUGCCAUUUCCUAGCACCCUCUUGGCCAAAAAAUGAGUCCUUGGGAUUUCACUUCUUGUUGACUGAGCCUCCAGGUGUUAAGAGUAACUUCUAACAACAGAACCAAAACAGCUGCAGGGAGUUGUGUUUGCCUUCCCUCCACAUCCCGCUCACAUCUGUGUUAAGUCCUGUAGUGAACCUGCCAGGGUUUUCAGUUUACACAGCAGCGCACUGGGGCAACAGUUUCUAGGAAGUGUCAGCUUCUGUAAGCUAAGCGAACCUUAGACCAAGAUUGGUUGAAACGUUGCUUCUUGUGGUAUUUCAGCUAUUGCAUUAUUCUGUAAGUUCCUUUAUCUUUCAUAACUAGCUGCUAAGCCCACACAUGCACACAUUGAGAAUUGAGCUGGGUGUGUGGUGUGUGCCUCUAAACCCAGGACUCAACAGUACACUGAGCUUCACACCAGUCUGGGCUAGGAGCAGAACCCCUGGUCAGAAAACCAAAAGUAAAUAGAAUACAAUCAUGUGUUCAAGAUGAGAAAUUACAAACUAAUUCCCUCUCCCUUUGUUGGGCACUACUGCUUCAAGUACUUGCUACCCUGGUAUAGCUACUCACUCAGGGUGCCCCGCAGCUGGGUAAAUGUGGAGGCUUCUUUGCCAUCUCCAGCUAGGAUCUGUUGUCCUGUGGAGGUUCUCCCAGGGGUUUUUUCCCUUGAAAAUCAUAGUAUUCUUCUUGCUCUGGGAAGGUCUCUCAGCCCUUGUGUGUGAGAUCUGAACUCUCAGCCCUUGGGGCAUGCUUGGCUGCAGAGGUGUGAGGAUAAGGUAUGUUCUGCCUCCUUGAACACAGAAAGGCCUACUGUGGCCCAUAUAAUUGGCCUGCCUCCAGCUAUCUCUUAAAGCUCAUGCAAGGGUUACAGCUGUUGGGUUUCAGUGUGAUAUGGACUAGGAGACUAUACUGUGUAGAACCUGCGAGCUAUUAGCUCCAUUGAUUUCUAGGCACCCAGGGCAGUAUCUUCCCUUCUCUUCCUUUUCACUGACCAAAUCUUAAGUCACUAUGGCUGCUCUGCUUUCCUAAGUCGGCCCAGGAGUCUGGGCCAGCUGCAGGGAGGUGGCCUGUUUGUGAGUGAGGGCCAAUGCCUUCCUCACUAGGGUGAGUCCCAUGCAUAUGACCUCAUUUUAAGACCAAGAUCCCUGUUGGUUUAUAGGAUUGUUAGCAUUUUCUCUAAAGGACCACAAUGGGUAAUACUUCGCCCAGGGCCCUUGGCUAUGCCUAUGGUGAGGUCCUUGUGUAGUUGAGAGCUUCAUGUAUACCAUGUCAGCAGUACUUUUUCCUUUGUUUUCCAUGAGGUUUUUGGACCAUGGGCAGCGCUCAGGCACUCUGUGAGAAUGUUGUUUCUGUAAAGAUGGUUAUUUAACCCUCCCCAAUCCCCCCCCCCUUGUUAGUCCUACUGAAGGCUGACCAGAGGCCAGUGGAGCUGCCCAGGUGUCUGUAGGGAGGCUGAGGCCUGCUGAAUGCUGCUCCAGCCCUCCCACACCAACAGCAUGGGUGGAUAUGUGGGUCACAGGCAUCUGACUGUCCCUCUCAACCAGCCUGGGAUGGAAGAGCUGCCUCUGUACCCAUAAUUGCUUUCCUUUGCCACCCACACUUGUUUGAGGUUGUGCUGACAGCUUUUUUUGGCUUUGUUUUGUUUUCGUCUUUCUCUUCCCUUUCUGGUCUAUUUUUCGUAUUCACAACAGCCAGGGACUUGAUAUCGAUGUAUUUUACACCACAUUAAAUAGUCUGUUGCCUUA